AGCCUGCUGGAGGAAAAAAAAACUGUUUUGUCAGACACUGAGACACAGCGAAGCGGAGGAGCGUACCUGUGAGAGGAGCACAGUUUCUUUACCCUUUAUAAGUUGCUCCUGGAGAGAGAACUGGUUGUAUGAAAAGAGUAAGAGUGGAUAUUCACACCGUUCAGGAUCAACGUGGUGAGGAGCUGGAGCGUGCUCAGUGAGCUUGGGAAGACGUCAACAUGGCUGUCUCCACUCAACUGGGUUUACUGCUUUGGAAGAACUUCACCUACCGACGGAGACAGACUAUCCAGCUGCUGAUUGAGAUCAUCUGGCCCCUUUUCAUCUUCUUUAUCCUGAUCUCAGUCCGAAUGCAUUAUCCACCCUACGAGCAACAUGAAUGCCACUUCCCUAACAAGGCCAUGCCCUCAGCAGGUACCCUGCCCUGGGUACAAGGCAUCAUCUGUAACGCCAACAACCCCUGCUUCCGUAAUCCUACCCCUGGCGAGAGUCCUGGGGUGGUGGGAAACUUCAACGAUUCGAUAAUCUCCCGUCUGUUCAAUGAUGCCAAGAAGAUCCUGCUGUACACCCAGAAUGAUAAAAGCUACGAGGGCUACAAGGGACUGUUAAGGGCCCUCAGGAAGAUGCAGAAGAACACUGCUCGUAAGGACAUGACUUUGAUGUUUUCCCAGAGACAAAGUGGAUAUUUUCCUCUCCUCCUCUGUCCUCUCAUAGCAUGUAGCACACAUAUGCUUUCAUUUUUCUCAGCUCUUUCUGAACCACUAUCCUCUUCGUUCUCUGCCCAGGUGCUGACUAAAGGUUUCGGCUUCCAUCUCAGAGACCUCUGUAACGCCACGUCCCUGGAAGAGUUUGUUCACAUUGCCGACCACAACGUGUCCCGUCUGACUCAAGAAAUUAUCUGCAAGUCCUCCAGUGAUUGGCUAAACAAGGCACAAAGCCACUUCCUGUCCAACUUGGACUUCCUCAAACCGAUUCGGAAGGAUGUGAGGUCAGACCCCAAAGUAGUCCAGGAAGUGUCAGCAGCAACCGACAAUCUUCUGGAGAACUUGGGAGCGCUGGCCGUGGAGCUCUCCAAUAUGAAGAGUUGGAAGGAUAUGCGUAAGGAGAUCCUCUAUUUGACUGCAAAUGCCACAGGCUCUCCAAACCAGAUGUACCAGGCUGUGUCACGUAUCGUCUGCGGACACCCUGAGGGAGGUGGUCUUAAAAUCAAGUCUCUCAACUGGUAUGAAGACAAUAACUACAAGGCCCUGUUCGGAAACCAUGGCAACGACAGCGACAAUGAACCUCUUUCCACUUACGACAACUCUUCCACUCCCUAUUGUAACAACAUGAUGCGAAGCCUGGAGUCCAGUCCCAUUUCCAGGAUGAUCUGGAGAGCUCUGAAGCCUCUGCUCAUGGGGAAGAUCCUGUACACCCCAGAUACUCCAGCAACACAGAGGAUCAUCCACGAGGUUAAUAAGACCUUCCAGGAGCUUGGCGUGCUACGGGACCUUGGAGGGAUGUGGGUGGAGUUGAAGCCCAAAGUUUGGAACUUCAUGGAGAACAGUGAGGAAAUGGACUUGGUCAGGACCCUGCUCCAGAAUAACGCCAGUGCUGCAUUCUUUAAUGCCCAGCUCAGUGAGACUGAGUGGCGGGUAUCAGAUGUGUCAGCCUUCCUGUCCAAGGUCUCAGAGGACCAAAGACCGGCAGGGUCCGCCUAUACGUGGAGGGACAUUUUCAACGAAACCGACCAGGCCAUACAGACCAUCUCGCGCUUCAUGGAGUGUGUGAACCUGGACAAGCUGGAGCCAGUAGCUAAUGAGGAGAGACUGGUCAACAAGUCUAUGGGUCUUCUGGACAACCAGAAGUUCUGGGCUGGGAUUGUGUUUCCUGACAUCGCCCAUAACAACAGUACUGACUUGCCCCCUAACGUCAACUAUAAAAUCCGCAUGGACAUUGAUAAUGUGGAGAGGACAAACAAGAUUAAAGAUGGCUAUUGGGACCCCGGUCCCAGGGCAGACCCCUUCGAGGACCUUCGGUACAUCUGGGGUGGAUUUUCUUACCUACAGGACGUCAUUGAGCAGGGAAUCAUCAGAGCCAUCACUGGCACCAAGGAGAAGACAGGCAUCUACAUUCAGCAGAUGCCCUACCCCUGCUAUGUUGAUGACAUUUUCCUGCGGGUGAUGAGUCGGUCAAUGCCUCUCUUCAUGACCUUGGCAUGGAUGUACUCGGUAGCCAUCAUCAUCAAGGGCGUGGUAUAUGAGAAGGAGGCCCGACUCAGGGAGACCAUGAGGAUCAUGGGACUGAACAACGGCACCCUGUGGCUCAGCUGGUUCAUCAGCAGUUUAAUCCCGCUCCUGAUCAGCGCCAGCUUGUUGGUGAUGUUACUGAAGAUGGGCAACCUACUGCCUUACAGUGACCCAGGAGUGGUGUUUCUUUUCCUGGGGUCCUUUGGCGUAGUAACCAUCAUGCAGUGUUUCCUCAUCAGCACCCUGUUCUCUCGUGCCAACUUGGCAGCUGCCUGCGGUGGCAUCAUAUACUUCACCCUCUACUUGCCCUACGUGCUGUGCGUUGCCUGGCAAGACUAUGUGGGCUUUGGAGCAAAAGUUGUAGUGAGUCUGCUGUCUCCUGUGGCUUUUGGUUUUGGCUGUGAGUACUUUGCCCUGUUUGAGGAGCAAGGGGUGGGCAUCCAGUGGUCAAACCUGCUUGCCAGCCCUCUGGAGGAAGACAGCUACAACCUGACCACCUCUAUCUGCCUCAUGCUGUUUGACGCCGUGCUCUACGGAAUAAUGACCUGGUAUAUCGAAGCUGUGUUCCCUGGUCAGUACGGGAUCCCCAGGCCUUGGUAUUUCCCUUUCACUAGAACAUACUGGUGCGGAGAGAAAGAGAACAAGAACCUCUCCACCCCUAUGUCAAAGAAGGGCAACGCUGAAGCUGUGUGUAUUGAGGAGGAGCCGGGCCACAUCGAGCCAGGUGUUUACAUUGAGAAUCUGGUGAAGGUCUACAGCAAUGGAAACAAGCUGGCUGUAGACGGACUGUCCCUGAGGUUCUAUAACGGACAGAUAACCUCCUUCCUUGGCCACAAUGGAGCUGGCAAGACCACAACAAUGUCAAUCCUGACAGGGUUGUUUCCACCCACUUCUGGUACAGCCUACAUCCUCGGCAAGGACAUCCGCACUGAACUCAGCACCAUCCGGCAGAAUCUGGGCGUCUGUCCUCAGCACAACGUACUAUUUAGCAUGCUGACAGUGGAGGAACACAUCUGGUUCUACGGCCGUCUGAAGGGGCUGCCAGAGGAGAUGGUGAAGGCUGAGAUGGAACAAAUUGUGAACGAUGUCGGACUGCCCCACAAACGACAGUCCCGCACCAAUGCGCUGUCUGGAGGCAUGCAAAGGAAGCUGUCAGUGGCCCUGGCUUUUGUUGGGGGCUCCAAAGUUGUAAUCCUGGAUGAACCUACUGCUGGGGUCGAUCCCUAUGCGCGCAGGGGUAUCUGGGACCUGCUGCUUAAAUACAGACAAGGCCGCACCAUCAUCCUGUCCACUCACCACAUGGAUGAGGCUGACAUCCUGGGUGACCGCAUUGCCAUCAUUUCCCACGGCAAGCUGUGCUGCGUAGGCUCCUCGCUCUUCCUGAAGACCCAUCUGGGCACAGGCUACUACCUGACCCUGGUCAAGAGAGACUAUGACUUGACUCUUCAGUCCUGCAGGAAUUCUGCCAGCACAGUCUCAUACAGCAAGAAGCCAGAGAAGGAGGACAAUGUAUCAGAGAGCAGUUCGGAUGCUGGACUGGGCAGUGAACCAGAGAGUGAAACCACCACUAUUGAUGUGUCUCUCAUCUCCAACGUGAUAUUCAAGCAUGUCCCCGAGGCUCGCAUGGUUGAGGACCUUGGCCAUGAACUCACCUAUGUCUUGCCCUACCAGUCAGCUAAAGACGGAGCCUUUGUAGAGCUCUUCCAUGAGCUGGAUGACAGACUCACCGACCUGGGAAUAUCCAGCUAUGGAAUAUCUGAUACCACACUGGAGGAGAUCUUCCUGAAAGUUGCAGAGGACAGUGGAGUGGAUUCAGUUGAGCUUUCAGAUGGAGUCGUGCCGACCAGGACUCGCCGCCAUCAUGCAUUUGGAGACCACCAGAGCUGCCUGAAGCCCUUCACUGAGGACGACUUUGAUUUCAACGACUCUGAAGGUGACCCAGAAUCCCGAGAGACUGACUGGCUCAGUGGAACAGAUGGCAAAGGUUCAUACCAGGUCAAAGGCUGGAGUCUGAAGAGACAGCAGUUUGUUGCACUACUGUGGAAACGGUUCCUCUACGCUCGACGCUCCAGGAAAGGCUUCUUUGCUCAGAUUGUUCUUCCGGCAGUGUUUGUGUGUAUUGCCCUGGUGUUCAGUCUGAUUGUUCCUCCAUUUGGAAAGUACCCAAGUCUGGCUCUGGAUCCAAGCAUGUAUGGAGAACAGUUUAACUUCAUCAGUAAUGACUUACCUGAGGACCCUCACAUCAACAAACUACUAGGAGCUCUCACAGAAAAACCAGGAUUUGGAACUCGCUGCAUGGAAGGAGAACCCAUACCGGACACUCACUGUACAGCAAUUGAAGAUGAGUGGUCGGUCCCGCCAGUCUCCCAAAGUGUGAAGGACAUGUUCGACAAAGGCAAUUGGUCCAUGGAGAAUCCCUCACCCCUAUGUGAGUGCAGCUGUGGAGGACGCAAGAGGAUGCUUCCCGAGUGUCCUGCUGGUGCUGGGGGACUUCCACCACCACAGAAGAAGAUCAGUGACAAAGACACUCUUCAGAAUCUGACCGGCAGAAACGUCUCAGACUAUCUGGUGAAAACCUAUGCGCAGAUCAUUGGCCAAAAGGCAUCCCUGAAGAACAAGAUUUGGGUCAAUGAAUUCAGAUACGGUGGAUUUUCAUUGGGCGCCAGGAGUUCUCAGCUUCUGUCCCACACGGAUGAAAUCGAUGAUGCAAUCGCUCAGUUGAGGAGACGCUUCCAUCUAGAGACAGGUACUGCAGCGGAUCGUUUUUUUCACAGUCUCUCCAGUUUUAUCCAAGGAUUGGACACCAAGAAUAACGUCAAGAUUUGGUUCAACAACAAGGGCUGGCACAGCAUUGGUUCUUUCCUCAAUGUGAUGAACAAUGGCAUCCUACGGGCAAGUCUGCCAGCCAGCAAAGACCCCACAAAGUUUGGCAUCACUGCCUUCAAUCACCCGCUCAACCUCACCAAGGAGCAGCUGUCACAGGUCGCACUGAUGACGACAUCAGUAGAUGUGUUGGUUUCCAUCUGCGUGAUCUUCGCCAUGUCUUUCGUUCCUGCCAGCUUUGUGGUCUUCCUCAUCCAGGAGAGAGUGAACAAGGCCAAACACAUGCAGUUCAUCAGCGGAGUGCAGCCUUUACUCUAUUGGCUGGCCAACUUCAUUUGGGAUAUGUGUAACUACAUCGUCCCAGCCACGCUAGUCAUCAUCAUCUUUGUGUGUUUCCAACAAGACGCCUACGUCUCCUCCACCAAUCUGCCUGUGCUGGCCCUGCUGCUGCUGCUCUACGGAUGGUCAAUCACUCCUCUGAUGUACCCAGCCUCGUUCUUCUUUAAGAUCCCCAGCACGGCCUACGUGGUUCUGACCAGCGUUAACAUACUGAUUGGAAUCAACGGCAGCGUCUCCACAUUUGUACUGGAGUUGUUCGGAAGCAAUGAAAUCGGUGGUAUCAACGACAUCCUGAAGAACGUGUUCCUCAUCUUCCCUCACUUCUGUCUGGGCAGAGGACUGAUUGAUAUGGUGAAGAAUCAAGCGAUGGCUGACGCUUUGGAGAGAUUUGGGGAAAACCGCUUCCGCUCCCCUCUGGCCUGGGACAUGGUGGGAAAGAACCUGUUUGCUAUGGCCAUAGAAGGCUUGAUCUUCUUCAUCAUCACCGUCCUCAUUCAGUACCGCUUCUGCUUCAAGGCCAGGUCAUCUAUCAGUCACCUGAAGCCUAUUGGAGAAGAAGACGAGGAUGUGGCCAGAGAGCGACAGAGGAUCCUGAGUGGAGCAGGACAGUCGGACAUCCUGGAGCUCAGACAGCUCACCAAGAUUUACAAGCGGAAACAGAAGCCAGCAGUGGAUCGGUUGUGUAUCGGCAUCCCCCCUGGAGAGUGCUUUGGUUUGCUGGGUGUGAAUGGAGCAGGGAAAACCAGCACCUUUAAAAUGCUGACAGGAGACUCUGUGGUCACCAGUGGAGAGGCCUACCUGGCUGGCAAGAGUGUAAAUACAGAGAUAGAUGAGGUGCAUCAGAACAUGGGCUACUGUCCUCAGUUUGAUGCCAUCAACGACCUGCUGACCGGCAGAGAACACCUCGAGUUUUACGCCAUCCUGAGAGGAGUGCCUGAGAAGGAAGUCUGUGAGGUGGCAGAGUGGGGCAUCCGGAAGCUGGGCUUGGUCAAAUAUGUGGACAAGGCAGCGGGCAGCUACAGUGGAGGAAACAUGAGGAAACUGUCCACUGCCAUCGCUCUCAUAGGAGGACCACCUGUAGUCUUUCUGGAUGAACCAACUACAGGCAUGGACCCUAAGGCACGCCGUGCUCUGUGGAACGCAAUACUGAGCAUCAUCAAAGAGGGACGAUCUGUAGUCCUGACCUCCCACAGCAUGGAGGAGUGUGAAGCACUCUGCACAAGAAUGGCCAUCAUGGUCAACGGCAGGUUCCGCUGUUUGGGCAGUGUGCAGCACCUCAAAAAUAGGUUUGGUGAUGGCUACACCAUCAUCCUGCGGGUGGCUGGCCCAGACCCAGACCUUCGGCCGGUGAUGGGGUUCAUCGAGCGGGAGCUGCCUGGCAGCACACUGAAGGAGAAACACCGUAACAUGCUGCAGUACCAGCUGCCCUCCUCCCUAACUUCCCUCGCCCGCAUCUUCUCCCUGCUCUCUAAAAACAAGGAGGCGCUCAGCAUAGAAGAUUACUCCGUCUCCCAGACAACUUUAGACCAAGUGUUUGUAAAUUUCGCCAAGGACCAAAGUGAUGAAGACCACCUGAAAGACAUCCAUCUGAACAAGCGGGACGCUGUGGUAGUGGACAUUUCCCAGCUAAACUCUUUCCUCACAGACAACAAGACCAGGGAGAGCUGCGUCUGAUUGACGAUGAACAUACCAUCAGUGGGAGUUGCUAUGCUUCACCCAACCUCCCCAUCACACAAAAUAUGGACCACUAACCUGCGGGGGAGACAGACUAUGUUAAUUUUUUUUAUUUCUAUUUUUUAGUAUUUUUUAAUUGUUAUCAUUUCUCAGUGGACCUGCACUUCAGUGCACAGCCUCUUGAAAAGGCAGAGACUGCAGGUAUUGUGACAGACACUGAAACAAUGAAAACUCAAUGCAAAUCAAUGCAAGAAAUAUAUAUAAAUAUAUUUAAGAUGAGAAGAUAUUCCUGUGAGGGUUGGAGACCGGUGCUUCUCCUUCACUAGAUGGACAGAAAGAAAGAACACUUGAAGUGACAGCAAGAUUAUGAUGCUGUGUCAGACUGGAAAGCUUGUAGCCCUGCUACUCACUCAAUGGACACGGCAUUGGGAUGAUAGAAGGAAAUCUCUCUAGUUUUUAAAUCCCCGUUCCUAAAGGUAGUUAGCCGUAGUCAGUGCGACGUGUAUGUGCUAUGGUAAAAGAGUUCGGAUCAUUCACUGCCAACUGCUAAAAGAUGGACUGACUUUUUUAUCAGGGUUAAACCUCUCGCGAUCGCUCUCUUCGUUACCAAGCUCAGUUGUUUUAUAAUGCAAAUGAUGGUAAAGAAGCAUUUACAAUCCAAUUGAUUUCAGUCACAAACAUGCAAUCAUGCAACAUGUAAAUUUUUACUAAUUAGUUUUUUUAAGAGAUAAUUUAAUUCUAAUAGACAAACAUAACCUCUAUGGAGUGUUUUUUUCUUUGUUUGGAUAACAAUUACGACGGAUAACCAAGUUGUCUUUUUUUAUUUGUUCUUGGUGUUCUUGACAUUGUCCAGCACAGUGCCUAUACUGUAUCAUGGUGGAGAGAGAAAUCUGAGCACUCCAUUAAAGAAACAACAACGUAUGUAGGCUGCUAUGGAAUGUAUAAGACAGAUACCACCAUGCAUCAAAGCACAAAAAAAAAAGCUUUUUGUGAAGAUGAUGGAUGAAACUGUUUUUUGUCCUUCAUUGUCAAAAACAAAACAAAAAAAAUCUUGUGGUUGCUUGAUGUCUGUACAUGAUGCAGCCUGCUGUACUGGCUUGUUUUUACUCGUCCUGCCCUCUUCAAAUGGAACUGAAGGCCAAUCAGAACGGACAGAGGAUAACCAUCGUUCACUGGCAGUUGUGACUUCGACAGAAAUCUGAAGAUUGCUGAAGAUUUUGGACUGGUUUCUUGAAAGGUGAUUGGAAAUAUAUACUGCAUGUUUUCCACUGUGCCACACACCUUGACUAUCAGCACUUCUAUGUGUGUGUGUGUGCCAGAGCAUGCCGUCAGAUCAGCGUGUAAAGGACUGGAGACGACUGAAUUGUGCUUCAUUAUUGUUCGGUUACCGGCACAUAUAUAUAUGUGAGUCUAAAUCCAAAUUCUGUUGUAAAAAAAAAAAAAAGAAUCUGUAUCAAAAUGUGAUUUUGACGAUGAAUCAGAUGGAAAUGUUCCUGCAGGUAAAACUCUAGCUCCCAUACAGCGUCUUGUGUGGGAUCUGAAGAUAGUAACUUUUCCAGUAACAUGCUUUUCUACAUGCCUGUAUGAGGGCACGUCGGAGCAAUUUAGACCUGAGCCAUCACCGGUGUGGAUAUUAUGUAAAGUAGCAGCAGUAUCUUGUGAUGUCGAAUUAAAAAAAACUAACAAAAAAAAAAAGUUACAGUGGAGUGAACAAACAGUAUCUGUGCCAAAUGGAGCUGAAUAUAUAUAUUUGAUCAACCAGCAUAAUAUCAAGGAGGCAACUGUUUUGUAAAGUUUAAGUUGUGCUUUGAUUUGAGUUCUUUAUCCAUCAGCUCACCCAAAGAAAUCCUCCUCUCUCGUUGUCAGCAGCUCAGAAACAAAACGCUGCAACCUCAUUCAGUCUCCAUCAGACUGCGAGUUUUUUCUGCCGAUGUUGCCAAAUUCUAAUCUUUCUGUCUCUCCACAUUAAGAAGCUGCGACAUUGAAGUUAACUGUACUGUCAGUAACUCAAAUUUUUAGACGUGAGGUUGAGAGAUUUCUGAAGCUACACAUUAACAGGGACCACAUGAAUUAGAGUUGUGCUUGUAAUGCUUUAUAAUCCAGGGUUUAAAUUGAUGACAGUUUGUCAUCACAGGUGCUCUGUGUCAUAUUCAAUCUUGGAAAGGGUUUCCGUUUUCUCUGGGAUCCGAUCACAGCUGUGGGGUUUCAGACUUGCCCUCAGCUGAAUGUGAGCACUUUAUAGACUUCAAAGCCUGUUGUGUCAAAGAUGUAGAAGUAAGGGAUUUGGGUAUGGCAAAUUAGACAUUUAAAAAAAACAAACAAUCUCUGCACUGGAACACAGGUAUAAUUUCCGACAAGAUGAAGCUACACCACUGCAUUAAAACAUUUGUUUGUGACACUUGAAAUGGAGAACGAAGGCUUACAUGUGAUUGAGAGAAACGAGAGAAAAGCAGAGAGAGUAGAGACACAAAGAGAGAAACGCAGGACAGUAAGAUGGUGAUAUUUCUCUUCUCGUGCUCAAUAUUAUUUGUUUACAUUUUUAAGUAUUAAACAGCUGUUUGGGUCUGUUACUCAUUGUGUAUAGUUCUUCUUUUCAUUAAUAAACAAAAAAAUCAUACAUUUUGAAAAAAA